UAAUAGAUUACCCGAUGCAAGGAGAACUUACAUGUGCUUAAGAGUUGAUCGACAAUCAUUUAGGUGUUGAAGUUAGAGGGAAAUCUUUAUCACAAAUUUAAAAAGAUGUGAAAAAACAUGAUCACCUACUCUUAUGAGAUAUUGGUUUUCAUAAGUUCAUGAUGCCAAGAAGAAAUAUUUCUUUUGAUAACACCUACUAGACUACAGUGUAUAUAAUCGCUACUGACUUAAACUUCAGUCACCACUGGUACAAGCCCACAGUGAAUAUUGCUAUCUCUAGUGGCAACAACGCAAACAACUCUCUUCAGGUCGGAGACUAUAUUACAAUCACUCCUGGUACGGCCCAAAGAUGCUGUUGACCCACCUUAACAAGAGGGCAUUUCUUACAGGUCGGAAAGGGAGCGAUAUUGCCCAAGGAUGAAACCUCCAGAUACCACUCUAAGGUAAGCUAGGCUAUGAAAGGCUAGGUAAGCUAGAAAAGUUAACAAAGGAGACGUCAACUCCUGCCCCUCUAUAUGUACACAAUUAUCUAUACUUCAGCUUUUUUUUUGGUAGAAGUCAUUUUAUUCGUUGAGAAAUUUUUCAGUAUUUACUCUAUUGUCAACAAAAAUUACACUGUAAUAGCUCGUGCUAAUAGUUUAGAGCUUUAUAACAAACAACCCACAGAAUAUAUCUAAAAAAGUUCAAAAUUCUAAAAAUGUCUAGUACUGUAAACCAGCUACAGCUUUUGACUAUAAAAAUAUUUCAACAAGUUCUAAAUGAUUUCUAGAAAAACCUACAAUAGAACAUCUCUCUCAACUUCUGUAUGGACAAAUCCGUGCAUAACACAUCAAAUAUGACAUACAUUGUCUGCAUAUUUGGAACGUAGGCAAUUUACACUGUCAAAUGAUUGAAUAAAGUAGAUACCAAAAACUAUUUCUAUUCUAAAAAUAAUUGAACUUAUAUGCAAGUACUAUACAACUUUGGGAGCUUCAAAAGUCUCUUAAGUACAUGAAGUCAUCAUUUCCAUAUACAAAAAUACUGUAUAAAAAAAAAAUUUCGAAAGAAGGAAUUACUCUUUACAAGUUUUCCUCACAGCUAUUUAUUAAAUUGUAGUGUCCACUUUCAAAGAAAAAAAAAGAAAAAAAAAGAAAAUAUUUAAUGUUCACACUAGCUUCAUAAUUCAAAUAAAGAAUUAUAAAGCAAACAUAGAUACAAAUAAAGAACUUGAACUUUCAGUCCAGACAUUUUAACAGUAUGACAUAUUUCACCAUACCUACUUACUGGUAAUUCCUGACUAUGUAACUCAAUCUUGGGUACUUCUCAAAAUAUAUUUUACAACAAACAUAAAAGUUAUCUUCUGAGUGAAGAUUUUGUUAUAGAGAGAACUACUGGAUUGUUCAUUUCAAGGAACUUUGGAGAAACCGUGAGUUUGUGUCAGUGGUAAGCUAAGAUGUACAUGUAGACUAUAGCCAGCCUUAGUAAGUUUAUUGAGGAUAAUUACUGUAUUUUCUAUUGGAGUUGCUCCUAAUUAAGAAUUAAGAAUGUGUUAAAUUGGACGUUCUCAUAACAACAAUUCUUAGUAUCACUUGAACAAAAAAGUUUAUUUGACCAGAAAGUUUGUGUUGUUGUGUAGUUUUCAGCUUGAAAAGAUAUCACAAUUUCUCAUGAAAGCUGACACUCGAGCUGACUGUCAAGAUUCUUGGAUGAUUCAAAUACUUGAGUCUGUAAUCCCCUUAGCAUUGGAUGGUCUGACAUUUUAUCACACAGUUAUCAGAUUAAUGACUGUGAUUAAUCAACAAACAAGUAUUUCCUUAAGCCUGCUAUAAGAGUGCUGGUCUGUUCCCUUUGUCUUGCCUAUAAGUCCUGCCUAUGGAGUCUCACAUUCUAUAAACAAAGCCACAAACUGCUUUGUUUUCACCUAAAAUAUCCAUACAAAUUAAUUGUUACAUUGAAUUACACAAAGGCUAUUCCUGGAGCUGAGAGGUGGUUCUUUAAUUCUUGUACUAUAUCGAGACGCCUAAUGUGGCGUUCUUUAAGUGUCUUACAAAAGUCAUACACCUUCAAUUCUGGAUCUGACGACUUGAGAAAUUCUAAUGUUUUCCUCCCUGCUUCUGGGUUGUUCUCCAAGUCAUCAAUGACAAGUUGAUCCAUCCCAUACUUACGUGCCACCUGCCUCCAUCCACCUAAGCCGUACUUCUUUUGACUCAAUAGGCGCUCAACUCUCUCAUAGGUUUGAAAGUCUUGUUCCUGUACAUCUGUCAGAGAUUUGUAUUCUAACAAAGAUAAGUAUAUUCAUUUGAAAAAUAUACAAAAUUAUUGCUGUAAUUCUUAUAAUUAAAAUAGCUCAAAUUAUGCUCAUCAGUUUUAAAUACCUGUAAAGUUGAUAUUACUUUUUCUCUUGUGAGACUGAAUUAAACUAAACAUGCUACAUGCUUAAGAAAAGAACACAACAACAAAAACAAAAGCUGGCCCUAGACCAACAACACAGUGUAGCAAAACGUACAUUAUUUUAAAACUCAAGUUGUAAGCAUAUACAAGAGAACUUUCACACCAAUACAUAGAAGCUGUGCAAUUACCAUAAUAUUUAUAGCACUUUUGUUUCAUUAAUGAUUCUAUUGUGGUUUACACUCUAUGUACAUAACUGACUGCAAUUCAUCAACUGAGCACUUUCUAAUGAUCCCAAAAAGACAAAACAUAAUUAUAUUGAGCUAAUACACUCUCAACUAUAAAACACUUGAGAUUGCUAUAUCCAAAUACUUACUUGUUCCAUCUCUUAAUUUAGGGUUUUUACAGUAUACUUAUUAAAAACCUCAAUUAUUACUAAUAUACCUAACUAGUCCUUCCCCUCCCUUUACAACAGAAACAAAACUUGCUGACAGCUAUGAAACUAAGCAGAGCUGCUGAAAUAGGUAACUCAUGUACUUACUUGUUCCUUCACCUGGAGUCACAUCAAGGUCUACUGCAACUGACUCCACAAAACAAUGGGAUUAUCCUGACAACUCACACAACAUUUGUAACAACCAAAGUCACCCAUUUUAACAGAUUUUAGUUGCAAUAUGGCUUCAUUAUUCUUUUCUGGUGAACGAAGCAGUGUUCCAUCUUUGAACCACUGAUAGGUCAGUCUGCUGUUGGCCUUGCAUUUAAAUUCAAACUCCAUGUUUGUGCCUGUUUUUACCUUUUGAGAUUCUGGUUGCUGUAUAAUUGUUAUUGGCCAAGUAGCUCCUAAACCAGAAUAAAUUCAAACUGUGCAUAACUUAUCUAAUUGCAAAGAUGGAAUUCAUAUUUUAAUGACAAAUAAAUAUUAAUAAAUAUUAAAAAACCAAUAAACACUUGUGGGACAGAAAAUAGAAUCCAACAGUCAGAGAUUCAAUCUUGGAAUAAAGGCUCAAGCAACUUUUGGAGUGGAUGGCAAAGUAACUUAAAUUGUACAAAUUAAAAAAAACGAAAUUGCAAGUGAAUGAUGUUGCAUUAAAUCACAGCCUCUUAAAAUCCCACAAAGCAUAUCAUAAAUAAUCAGAGAGUUCUAGAUAUUCUAAUUGUCUUGUCAAACAAUAUCUUACCUUGUUCUAAUUCAUCCACAUGCUAAAAGAGAUAUUAAAAGAGUAAAUUUAGCAAACUUUCAUUUAAAAGUUAAUCUUUCAAUAGUUGUAAUUGUAUAAGUCAACUAAGAGCAGCUUAAAGUUUACAUCUACCACAUAGUGUCAGUUUGUAACACUAAAUCUCACAUGACUGUACAGUGUACAAAUAGUUCAUAGAUAAUGAAUAAUAUGAUUCUACAAUUAUUAUGUGAUAUAGAAUUUGCAAUUUGUAACUGCACCUCUUCUACAUGUAUGUUAACCACCAAGUUAUGUGUAUCCAUCCCUUUUGGAGUUUUCAUUGCUUUACUUAAAAGUUCCUGUGAGGCUUGAUAUUGAUGACUUUCUACUUCUGUAGCUACCUCCACUUGCAUCAUCUCCUAAGAAAUGAAGAUUUGUAGUACAUCAUGCCUAAAUCAGAAUUUUCACUUCUAUAGGCAGUUCAAGAUAAAAAUUUAGGGAAUACAUAUAAGUUAUUUGCCCAGUGGAAGGUUCUUAUGGGGAAAAAUUUGCUGGGGGUCUUAAGCUGUACUCAAUACCAAGGUUUUUCCCAUAUGAACCUGCCUUUACCAAUAAUUAACUUAUUCAGUUUUCUGCUGGUUUUCUUUUUUCCCCUUUGCUGCAAAUGGUACACUAAGAAAAGCACAAAUGGCUAUGAGUGAGCAAUGAGCCAAUCAGAUUUGACAAUUUAAGAUUCAAACCCACUAAGAUGCUUCGCAAAAAAUUUGUUUCAAUUAUCGUUCACCUUAACCUGUCAUAAUUUCAUUCCUAGAGAUGAUCGAGUGAUACAUACUUAAUAGUCCAUUUUACAGUUGCACUUUUAAUAUGUUAUACAGCAGGAAUGUGGGGAAAUUGAGAACAAAGAAAUAACCAUGUUGGGGAUAUUGUCUUUAUAUGACUGCAAAUUCUCAGGAACACUAAAAAACAAAGAAAUGUAUUGCCAUCCAUUUGGGGAAAUUAUCUUUAGUUACAAUCCUAGUGGAAAAGGGCUCACUUGUGCAGCACAAAAUUAUAAAUCAUGUUCAAAGGCUGGAAUAAAUAAAUCUUUCUAUGUGACAUUGCAUUUACAUUUCAUAAUGAUCAAUUAUGAUUGCAAGGUUCACUAAGGCAUUAUUUUUAUCAAAAUUCCUUUCUUAUUAUACCAAACUACAUCAUGCACAUGUAGCAAAAACAUUUUUGAUUAUGAAAGCCAUUGUUAUGUCAAACACACUGAAAUUAUCAUUUUCUCCUCUGACAUCACCACAAUACAUUGAAUAAUUACCACUUUUCUGAGAAUCCCUACUAAGUGAACGAUUUAAAGAAUUCUUUCGACCACCGUCACUAUUAGGAUGUCUAACUUCAGCACCAGAAACUGACUCAGCACUCGUUUCAUGUUGCACACUAUUGGUUAUUAUAGUCACAACUCCUGAGACACCAGGCUCAGGCACAGAAGGAGCCCUUCUAAUUUCUUGAUCUUGACUGGAAGUAACCAGAGUGUCUACAUUCUGGGAUGCUAUUAAGUUGAAUAAUUUAGUCAGUACUGAUUAUCUACUGUCUAAUGAGUGCAUAUUAGUAUAAUGUUACUCGCUGUCUGUACAAAAAAAUUUUAGAUUUUAAUCAAAUUCAGUCAUAACACCCUUACGCAAACAAAGCUACAGGAACAAAACAACAUACUACUACAUUAACUAAAACAUUUCCAUGAUAUCUAGUACAUAGGACAAUUUUCAACUGAGUGUUGAAAGUAAUCCAUGACUGACUAAUGGGGAAGAAGGGCAUGAUGCAUAAUGUGUUCAGACUGAUUGCCACAAUUCACAUCACUUCCUGCUACAUUUAUCUAAGCUCUUAUUUGCAAAGAAAGCCACAAAGCACAUGCCUGAGAUUUCUUCAUCUCCAUUGACACAUGUUUCUCUGGCACUAGCAUCAACAGUUUGUCCUUGCAUGUCUCUGAGAGGUACAGUUGCUGCUUUAUAUUGUGAUUCUGCUUCUGCACCCUCACUUGCAUUAUUUUGGGCAGCUAAAAGAAAUCAUUAUAAUUAUGAUAACAGUUACCAUUUAUAAAAACAACCCAGAAAAAGUUGCUUCCCCUAUACUUCUGAAUUACAAAAUACCCAGGACACUACCUGUACAUGUUUUUCUCAAAAAGCUACUGUUCAUAGUCAUAGUAAACACAUAACAUGUACUAGCUAUUUUAUAAAACUGACAAUCUGUAGUUUCUGUUGAGUAAUUGACUUAGUAACCCAUGCAGGAUGUUGGCAGAAAAAUCAGUCUCAGAUAGUUUGUAAAUCUAUUUAAAUGAUUAAACUCAACUUGUUUUCUCCCACUCAUGUUACUAGACCAGUAAAAAAAGGAAACCAACUCUAUUUCAAAAUUGUAGAGAUACACUUCUCACAUAAUCAUGCUCAACUUACAAUUAAUCCGACAAUUCCUAUUUUCUCUCUUUCUUCUUUUGCGGCAAUAUAAUAUCACUGCAGAUAACACUCCUGCCAAGGCAAUUGCUGUACCAACCACAAUUAAAAUAAUUACAGUUGUCUGUGAUAGCUUGCUAUUAUUUGAAGUAUCUGAUCCAUGUUUGCCUCCUGUUGGUGCAUAUGGUGUUGGAGCACAAUCUUUGUCAGGUCGAGGGGCACAAUACUGUUUGGAUUCAGUAAAGCCUUGUUCUUUGCACUCAGCUACCUUCUCAUCUUGGUCAUCAGAGCAGCAGUGUGAACAUUUCUGACAGCUGUGAGUGCCAUCCUUUUUGCUGAAAUAAAAUCCUUUCUUACAAGUUCCACUGCAGACAGUGUCUGAUGUGCUGUUACAUGGCACAGUAACUUUUUCAUUUUCAACACACUCAUGACAAACAUAACAAGAAGAACUGUCAUACUUGUCACUGAAGUUCCCUGAUUCACAAGGUUUACAAUCAAUUAUGUCAACUUGGUAUACUAUGUGAGUUCCACAUUUUGGCACAAGCCCUUGACCCUCCUGGCAUUUUGCACAAGGGAAACAUUUCCCCCCUGGAUAACCAGUGAUAGGAUACUCAUCAGGGCCACAUAAACGAUGUGUGGAGACGACCUGCAAAAAACAUAGUAAUAAAACUAAUUGAUUUCCAAGACAUCAUAAUUAGCAUACAAUCAAACUUGUAUGAAGCCAUCAUGCACCCAUUAGGAAUGGCAGGGAGACCACUUAAUACAGGUUGACCAGCAAAUGACUUGAACGUGUGAUAUGUUCGUGCAAAAUAUUCAUCUUAAUAGUCCAAAGAAGAAAGAUAAUUUGCAAUGCAUUGAGGACAUUUGAACUCAAAUGAGUAAAACUGGUUCCCCAGAGAUAAACAAGGACUAAAUUAGACUUAACCCUUUAACUCCCAUGAGUGACCAAGAGAGAAUUUUUCCUCAUAAUAUCAAUGCAAUAUCAACCAGAUAAGUUAUGAGAAUAAAGAAAAAUUUCAAUUUGGGGAUAAUAAGCUACUUCGAUACUGAAUUCUCUGAAUAACAUUAUAAGCAUUGAAUUGUUGACAGUAAGGAGAAUUACAAAUUUGAUCUGGGAGUUAAAGGGUUAACCCUUUGUUUCCCAAGAUCUGAUUUUCAGUUCUUCCCUCUAGCUGCCACGCAUUUCCUUGUAUGUAAGUUGCCAGAAUUUGGCACUAGAUCAAGAUAACAACUUCUACCUGAUAAGUUUGAGUAUUCUCAUAACCUGUUUGCUGGUUAAUGAAUGGAUAUUAUAGGGAAAGCAACAUGUUAAUCACCAUUGGGAGUUAAAAGGUUAAGAGAUUAUUCUUCGUUUUCUUUUAGUGGUUAAGCUUUAAGUGACUGUUCAAUACAGGUGGAAGACAAUACAAACAGCCCCUUGUUACUUAGUCAGGGAUGACUACAACUGCUAGAUAGAAGUGACUGCCUAAUAGAGGUGAAAAUUACAAUACUUUUAGAGUAAGGGGUAAAAAUUUGAUAAAGGGGUAAGUUUCUAAAGAAACUGUGGUGCUGUGUCAGUGGGAGAGUAUAGCAGGUAAUUUAGUGUUAACAACUGAGUUGAAAACGUAAAUUAGCCACCGUAAAGGGUAAAAAAGCUGACCAUUUGAGCGUUAGACGAAGGACUAAUGCUUGAAAUGUCAGCUUUUUUACCCUUUACUGUGGCUAACUUACAUUUUCAACUCAGUUGUUAACACUAAAUUACCUGCAAAAAUUUUGAUACUUUGACAACUGACUGCCUAAUACAGAGUGACCACUUAAUACAGUGCCUCUUAAUUACUACAGGACUGGUUCAACUGUUACUGCUAUAUAGUGGUGAUUGUAGAAAUGUGAUUGUGUAAUUGGGUUGCUUCAGGACUGCAUCUUCAACCCUUUACACUCUGGCUAACAAAAAUUAAGCUUACUGGAGCCUCUAUGGUUCAGCUACAGAGAACCAAAGUACAGAAUCUUUAAGUCUUGGGUAAUUUUGUUUUAUCAGCUGAGUUGAUAUAAUGUAAAUUGACCACCAUUACGAGUUUCAAAGCUGACAAAGGGCUGACACUCGCAACAUCAGCUUUUAAACUCUUUACAAGGGCCAAUUCAUGUUACCAACUCAAUUGGUAAUACUUAAUUACCCUGUUAUACUCUCCCACCGAUGCAGCACCACAGUUUCUUAAAAUAAAGUCACUUCAUGUAAAGUAAUUUCAAUACCAGAAUACUCAUUUUUGUACUGGCCACCCCAUAAUUUUAGAUGCAUAUGAACAAGAAAAAGCAGGUAAUAAAAAUAUUCUGAUAAUACCUAUGAUACCAAAUUAUUGUAUCACCUGCUGGGAUUACUAGUUUAAAUUAAAAAACAAAAAACAAAAAAAAACUUUGAGCCUUGAAUAAAAAGACCACGAUCCGCACAAAUCAAACGCUGGGCAAAUUCACUGGAUCAAAUCUGAACCCGACUCUUUGGGGAAGUAAAGGGCCAUUUUAAGUACAUCACUAAGCAAAUUAUUCUAAGGAAAGUGGAGUCACGCAAUGUAAGUUUUUCCUCACGAAAACAAUAUAUAAUUAUUCAUAAUAAUAAUAAUAAAGGGUUUAUUAAAAGUAUUCAAAAAUAGCACCCCAGUGGUGAAAUACAUGUGAAUUUACAAUUUAUUUAAAAAAUACGACAAUCUUACAUUUGACUUUAAAAUUAAAAGUCUAAGGGGACUGGGAAUUACAAGAGUCAGUAGUUAUAUACCAAUAAAAAACGCUUAGGUUUGCUUGACUACAAGAACUGGGCGUUAGACGCCAUUGUUGGAAAGAAAGAUUUUUUAAAUCUUUCGGUCCGGCAUUUAAAGAGUGAUACAUGGUUUUUGUUGCGCAACUCAUAAACGUGGCAAUCGGCGCGCUUUGGUGGAAUAAGGUGGUACAGCCGUGACCCAGGCACACAGAUACCGUCCCAAACUUUCUUGCAGAGUUCGUCUCUUCUCACAUUUAAGCGAGUGGAGUUUGCAGCCACAAUGGCGUCUUUGUAGCUCAACGCCGGAAAUAAUAUACGCAGAGCUCUUUUCUGACCCGAGAAUUCAUGGCCAAAAUAUUAUAUCAUGGCCAAAAUAUUAUAUUAAAAACUUGCGACAUUAGUUUCGAUUAGCAAUGCAUGUUUUUGUAACAUUACGCAUAAUAUCACAACGAGUAAACAGAACAAUCUACAAACUAUCAUCGCUUUUGCAACCCGCGCGUAGGAUCAUAUUUUAAUUAUCUGCAAUAUUCCCGUGGAAAAUUCAAAGUCUCGCUCAUUCACUAAAUGUAAUAAACGAAGUGUCUUGAUUGAGGGCUUCAGUGUGUAAAAUAGUGGUUAAACUCGGUUACUACGCGAAUAAUCAAGAAAGUACGGCUUCAAAGACACUAAUGUGUGGACACUGGUGUGUGACUUAAGAGAGAGAGACUAAAUUUAGUAACUGAGUUUGCGUUUCCAGUGGUAAUGGCAGUAUAGCUUAAUUCUUCCAACCCUUCAAUUUGGGAACAGUGUUAGAUUGCUUUACAAAUAGUAUUGUUUGCUAUCAUACUGUAUACCUAGCUAUAAACAAAAACACAGCUGUUUUACUCACCAAAUAACCACUAAAGAUCUGCAGGAACAAAGUUGGUUGCAUAGCAAUCGUCAUGACGCUCAGAGCCUGAAAUGACAUGUACUAGACAAAAUUAUUGGUUGUUACAAUCAAGCAUUCUGUGGUGAUCUUAGCCAAACCGCGCGCGCGAUCUGUUGAAAGACAAUUAACACCGAUCUUCGAUGAUCAAUCUUCAUCCAAUUCAUCGCCGGAAAUUGGCCAAUUUCUAUUAAAGCUUGGCAAGCAGAGAAGCUACAACUUUCCGCUUUGAUCGUGGCAUUAUACGAUAUCACUUAGUAACCGCUAUCGCCGUAAGGGCUUCAAAAGUAAUGUCAGAGUUACCUGAGUGGAUUCGCUGCAUAUAUGGCGAUCACUGUUUCAUCGAAAAAGCUAUCCAAUGAAUCUUUUCUCCUGAAAGCCGCGUUUGAACAAAAAUUUGCAGGUCGCAAGCUAAAUAACUUUGAUUUUUCGCUGAUCUGCCAAAAUUUAAAUCUAAACGCAGUGCGUCACAGUUACGUCACAGUGCGUCACAUGAUGUAGAGAAAUAAAAUGAUGCAAAGCAAAACCCCUAGCCAAACGUUAUCAAUAGACAUGCCUUAGAGAAACAAUAUUUGCCAAGAUCGUCGGACUAGGACUGGAAAUAUGAUAGAACUCGUAGACAGCCACCCUCGCCCAUUUCAGUUGUGUAAGAGUUUUAGUAUUAAUCAUGGUGACUGUUACAAUGACAGUUUUGUAAACGAGGGGAACAUUUUUCAUUUUCACAUUACGGUACUGUCCUGAGAAAAGUUGUGGUCUAAGAAGAAUCCAGUUAAAAGGAGGGUAGGGCGAGUUUCUUUGACAAUUGAGUGUCGAACUCGAUCUACAGUGCAUUGAUUUUGCUCAAGAGAAUUUGCUUCAAGGCUCAACAACUGAUGCAAAACUAAACCCAAUUACACUCGGCUAUCGCAGUUUCCCGCGCUCAGGAUGGGUUACCUGUUUGAGUUUUCUAUUCCUUCGUUCUGGUUGGUAAAAGUUGAGCAAAUCAAGGAUCAAUAUUUGCUAUAUCUGUACCCUCUGGAUACGAGCGGCAAGCAACCCUAAGUAAUGUUGACUUAUCUGACACGUCUAUCCAGAGCAGAGUCACUUACGAUCUUCCUGAUUUUUCUAGGAAUAUUAAUGACUAAUCUGCUCACAGGUCGGCGGCUCAGUCGCUAAUGGGCGGAAUUUUGUCAUCUGUUCAUACUGGCCCUGGUAUAUAAGAUCUCAGCUCGGUGAUUGCCAAUAUGAACAAGACGGAAUCUUUUUACUCCCACUAAUCAGGUUGGAUUAUUUAUUAAGAAAAGAGAAAAAAAGGUUCUGAGCCGGUCGCCUGCCUCUUCAUAUGGAACAUUGAAGUGAUUAUAGAGCAAAUAGUGUUGAGGCAAGAUUUGGAAACUGCGAGCAAGUCACUCUGACUGCGGGGUCAAAGAAAGAGGCCGAUAAGUUCAAAACUUUUGGAAAAUAUUGCGAAACUCUAUUAACCAUUAACUGAGUGAGUACUCAACUUCAUUAUAUCAGUAUCGUGUUUCUACCUGGAGAUCGAAUGGAGCUAAAAUUAACAUUACAUCUAUAGCGCUUCCUGUGUUCACUUGAAGACUACACGCAUCAAUUUUGGCUAAAUUUUUUAGCUGAAACAACCAAACGAAGGUCUUAUCUGCUGAUAGAUUGCUAGGUAAGUUCUGAUAUCCUCUUGGAGCUGGUGCAAUUGGGGAUCCAGGUCAGGUUCCAAUCGAUCGAGUAACACUUUGUUGUGAUCCGCGGCGUUGUUUUGCUCUAUCAUGUCCGCAUCACAUGCCAUCAGUGUUUAUAGCGAUUAGGUUCCUGCGCUAGGUCAGGUAACACUUGAUAAAAAGAAACGUUGAUGCGAUACUUUAUAGCUUGUUAGUGAUAAAUUCUUAUUUUCAGUGUUGUGGGUACAAGAAUGUAUUUAAGCGCUAGGUGCUUAUGGUGCUAGGUGCUAGGUUUAGAUGAAGAGAUAAGCGUCAAUCACGAACGCUUUCGAAGGAAGACAAUAGGAACAAAGCAGAUAGAGAUACACCGUCACUUAUACGCAAAACUACAUGAAUUUAGUGUCAAUUAAGAGCAAACUGGCAGGUUUUAUUCUGCUUGUAACGCUGUAGUCAUUGAAAGCUUUCGAUAGUCUCGAAAGUAUUUCGAUAGUAUUCUGUCAUCUUAUGCAAAUGCAGAUGGAAAAUAUUCGAGCAUGCUUGUUCAUUGCGAGGAAGAGAUUUACCCGCAGCCGCUCUAACCUGACUUAGUCCGCCGCGCGAGUGAAAAGAAACGGACGAGAGAAUUGGCGCCAAAAGAAGCCGAACCCGAAACAAGCGUUCUUUUCGCUGAUUUCUUCUCACACUGGUAACACAAAAAGCUUGGAAGUGAGAAACUCUUCGUGUCAGUCGGAUCGCGAAAAAGCAACAUUUAAUGUAGAAAUUGAGGGGAUCUAAACAGAAGUUGUCGAAGUUGAAGUCAGGGCGAGAGGACCUGGUAGUGUGGCGGAAUUUAAUCAACAAAAUUGAUCAAUUGAAAAGCUUUCUGUUUAUUCACUGUGUCGUUUAAAUGAUCAGAAAAAGCACUGCAUAUCGUGACAUCUAAUUGCUUCGAAGAAGAAAUAAUUAAUGCACGAAAUGUCAGCUUUUCAAAAUUUCGCUGCUCAACUUGUAGUUGAUAAUCAAAUAAUUUUAUUUUGCAAAAAAUUACUUGGAGCGAAAAGCAACGAAAGGCUGACUGAACAGGUGGUUACCGAUCCCUUGCGAAUCAGUAAAAUUCUGAACCGUCACGCGUUUUUACAUGUGAUAAGAUAACCUCCGUCUUUUAGCUUUGAUGAACUCUUCUCCGGACAAUUCACCAUUACAAAAUUAUCCUCUUCAUUUGCGAAAGUUGAUAGUGACGUGUCUCUCCGAAGCAUCAAAGAAGAGAACAUGAUGAGAGACCACGUUUACCCACAAUUUCCGGAGGAAAAAAGGUCAAGUAGGCCUCCCAUCAAUUUAUUUGACUUGACUCCAACUCAGUUGCACGGCUUAUCACACUUUCAGUUGAUAAUUCUUCAAUUUUUUUCCAUCCCGUCACGCAGUUAGGUUGUCGCAUUUUAGCAAUUUUUGUCUUGUUCUCACCAUAUUUCCCUCAUUAUAACACGAGUGAAGUAAGAUAAAGCGCUUCAUUAGAUAUUGUAUAUUCUAUAAUUCAUUGAGAAGUUUUUCUUUGUAGGAUAUCCCAGACAUGGCCCGAGGUUUGAAGGCUUUCGGCACACUCUCUAUUUUGACUUGAAGUUAUGCGCUGCUUCGGAUGGUUGCAUUGUGGUAUCUGGAUUUUAAUAAUCACGUGUGGCGUGUUCUUAAGCAUAGAGACAGGUACGUUGAAAUAAAACUAGAACUUCGAGGCGAGGGGGUACAUUUUGAGGAAGACUGGGAAACUAGUCAAAGGACGAAGGAAUUGCAUUAUAGAAAAUGGCCGCCGGAAAUUGCAUCUUCUUGAUACUAAGCUACGCAGUAAUUUAAACCCUAAGUUCAAUUCUGGGCGCAGUCUCUCACUCCCCUCUCUCACAAAACUUACUGACUGACUUAUUUUUUCCCAGAUAUCAUCCAAAUAUCAUGACUGCAUCUAAAAACUUCAAAAGAAAUCUUCUCAAAUUAUUUUACUUGUCGAAAGUCGCACAUGGAAUUGAAGGAAAAUCGCAAGGAGGAUGUCAAGCUUUGAAAGUCUUUCCCAACGAAAAAGUAGUCAAAAACAUUUUAGAACAACAGACCAAUAUUCGGAUUUCCAAACAGACUCCAUUUUAUAUGUAAGAGUUGAUCUUGUUUUUCCCUUAUUUUUAGACGCAGAGGAGCGACCAAAUGCUUCAUGUUUCAAUAACACAGUAUGCUUUUGUAACGAAGGAUUCAGUGGAAAUGGAUUCAACUGUAGCGAUGUAGACGAGUGUGCCUCAUCAGCUCAUCAGUGCAAUAUUUCUGCAAACUGUAUUAAUACUCUUGGUUCCUACAGAUGUAACUGUUCAGCAGGGUUUAUUGCUCAUGAUAAUUCUUGCAUUGAUGUCGAUGAGUGUGCGCAAAAGUUACAUAGCUGUGAUGCGCAUGCCUCAUGCUUAAACACUGCUGGAUCUUACAAUUGCAGUUGCCACCAAGGAUACACAGGUGAUGGAUUUAAUUGUAAUGAUACGGACGCGUGCGCAUCGGAGGUCGACAAGUGUCACUUAAAUGCAACCUGUUUAAAUUAUCAGGGAUCCUUUAAGUGCUCUUGUAAAGCAGGAUUUACCGGAAAUGGUUCUAACUGUGAAGAUGUCGACGAGUGCUUGCUGAAUACAGAUUCAGGUUUGACUGGAAAUAAAUCCAACUACACCGAUGUCAACAACAGUCAAACAAAAAUCGAUAAAUGCCAUUCCGAUGCAACUUGCACUAACACGCCUGGCUCCUUCCGAUGUAUUUGUAAAACAGGAUAUACAGGUAAUGGUGUUGACUGUGCGGAUAUCAACGAAUGUGAACGUGAAGAACAUAAUUGUCAUGUUAAUUCUAUUUGUGUGAACUCAAAUGGGUCGCACAGCUGUAUUUGCUCACCGGGCUUCAAUGGAAACGGCUUGGAUUGCGAUGACAUUAAUGAAUGUACCCAAAACGGUUAUCACUGCGGUGAAAACGCGAAAUGUCUGAACACACCAGGGUCUUACAAAUGCAAAUGUGAUAAAGGUUUUUAUGAGAGCAGAAACUCCUGUCAACCUCACCACAAUUGUGUGUCAAGCUCGGAUUGUUCCACAAACGCAAAUUGUACAGAAUUAAACGGAUCCUACAUCUGCCAGUGUAAAAGUGGAUUCCUUGGAGACGGAUACAACUGCACAGGUAUUUUUCACGUGGUAAUGAACACUUGUUCCUCCUGUGGACCAAUCUCGUUCCCAGGUGUCACGCUCUUUUUAUCCCUUGUGGGCGGAGACCCCACCCGCAAGGGAUUAGGGAUACGUGACCUCUGAGAAUGAGAUUGCGCGUGCCCUUAAUCGUCCGCAUAUUUAUCCCCUUUGCUAAGCUUAUUCUGUUAAUGGAAGGGACGUUGAUCUUUGAGAGCACUUUUCAACUGAGAGUCGUAAAACCCCGUAACCAGAUAAUAAUCACUACGGCCAGUUAAGACAAAAGAAAAUAAAACAAGGAAUCAGAGACAACUCAUUUGAAAAAAACAAUCCAUGAGCCUUAAGCACGAGAAAAUUCGCAAAAGUUAGGGAAAGCUUUCUAAACCAGUCAGUGAUUGUAAUGAAACGAAACCAGUUUCAUGAGGUGAUAGUUUGAUCUUGCAGUUGUCAAUUUUUUAUCUACAUCAGCUGAAGGCCGAUCUACACCAAAGACAGCGAAAGCAAGAGUCUCUAAAGUGCAAGCUCAGCAGCAAGUUAUUAUUGGUUCGGUGUCAGGGGCUGUGGCUUUCAUCAUUGUUGCGGGAAUUAUAAUCCUUUUUGUCAGGUAGGCAAGGAUGAUUUUCUGGCAGAAUCAAUUAGUUUUAGAGGUGUUUUCUUAAGCAAGUUGUCUCCUAUUUUUCUAAAAGGGGGUAGGUUGCAAUAGAAACUGUGGUGCUGCGUCGGCAGAGGGGGUAUUAAAAAAAAACAUGGUUUUAUUAACCGAGUUAUAAAUUUUUUUGUACGAGUUUCUAAAGCUCACGUUUCGAGCGUUUGCCCCUCGUCAUUUGCUCUGACGAAAGUUUCGAGCGUUAGCCCUUCUUACAGCGCAAAAGACGGAGGGCUCCACUCGAAACGUGAGCUUUAGAAACUCUUUACGGAGGCCAAUUUAAGUUAUCAACUCAGUCGAUAAAAUCAAAUUAUCAUGUUUUGUUACACCGGUCGCUCGCUAGUGAUUAGCUGACUGUUUUUAAGAGGUCAUCUUUGGCAGCUGGGAUUCGUUUUUUAAGGCCUUAAUUCAUAGGAGCCCUAUGCCCACUUUUCCCAUACACUAGGCACGACUUCGCGCUCAAGAAAUCACUCGAGCGUCGCAUAGCACAAGCACAGAAGAAACUUGGAAAUUUAAAGAGCUGUAGUUUUGAUUAGUAAGAAACAACGGGGUUGAGAUGUGAAUCAUGUUAUCGUUAGUUCGCUUUAACGCUUUUUAUUGACGCUUUUUGCAGAUUAAAGUGGAAAAAAGAGAGUAAGCCAAUGAUUCGUCAUGCGAGCACAGUCAUGGGCCAUAUUGACGAAAUUAUGAUGGAAGAACAAACAGACAAAGUGCUCGAUUGUGUAUCUGUCAGAUCCUCUCGUUUCUCCAUUCCAAGCCUUCAUCUUUCAAGUUUAAGCAUAAACAGAAUACACAAAGAGGAGGGUCAUUUAUGACGGCAUUGGAUAUCCUUUUGCUUGCGGCUAUUUUAAAAAUUUCCUGUUCGUGUAAUUUAAAUAAAGCGAGUAGAAUUGUAAGCAGAUAAGUUUUUUCCCGAGUUCAGUCAUUCCAUUUGAGUUGGAUUAUCAAAUACCCAUCGUGCUGCAGUUCCUCUGUGGUAAAUAUGUCUUUCAAUGUUUGAAUGAUAUUUCUCAAGGGCAUCAUGUAUAGUCUAAACAGAAAACCAAUUCGUUUUACGACAUCUUCAACAGAAUUCAAUAGUGAUAUUAUCUUUUAAUAUAAUCUAACGCGAUCAUAUCUGAUUACCAUAACGUACGUUGUUGUGAAUGCGAAAGACGAAUUUAUUACAUUCGUUCAUCAGUUGCAACCUCAUACAUCUUGUUCACCCUUAUUCAUAACUUAUUGUUGCCUCUUCGAGUUAUUUUUUUUUCUUUCUUGCCGAUGUGAUAUUUUGGAAUCUAUUUUUAACAAAAACAAGUUUUACAAGUGACAAGGAAAGACUCGAUGAAUGACGUACAUUCCUUAAUUGCCGCUAAUCUGUUUCACUUUUCAUCUGCUUACGACAUCUUCAUUGAAGACAUGAUGUCUUUGUUAGCAGCUAUAUAUAAUGACAAACAGGGAAACUUUUUGUGACCUUUUUUCCGCGAAAACAACUCAGGCUCUAAC